CUUUUAUUCCUGUUAUACCUGGACGCUGUUGUCGGACUCCUCUAUUUGCUGAGCCCGCCCAGGAGCUCCCAGGACGGAGAGCGACUAGCUGACCAUGUUUAACGGGGAGACGAGUUCCUCCUCGGCUAAAAAUGUGGUUCGCAGCUCCAGCAUCAGCGGCGAGAUGUACAACGUCGAGAAGAGCAGUGGAGGCAACCCAGACUCGGCCAGCAUCACCUCCAACAAGAAGAGGCGCUCGAGCCUCGGGGCCAAGAUGGUGGCUAUCGUGGGGCUGUCCCAAUGGAGCAAGAGCACCCUGCAACUCAACCAGCCCGACGGCGGCCCAAAGAAGCUGCGCAGUAACAUCCGGCGGAGCACGGAAACCGGCAUCGCUGUGGAGAUGAGGAACAGGGUCACCCGGCAGGGCAGCCGGGAAUCGACCGACGGCAGCACCAACAGUAAUAGCUCCGAUGGCACAUUCAUUUUCCCCAUGACCCGGCUGGGAGCCGAGAGCCAAUUCAGUGACUUUUUAGACGGGCUCGGGCCGGCGCAGAUUGUUGGCCGGCAGACACUGGCAACGCCGCCGAUGGGUGAUGUCCACAUUGGGAUGAUCGACAGGAGUGGGCAGCUGGAGGUGGAGGUGAUCCAGGCCAGGGGCCUCACCCCAAAGCUGGGUUCCAAGUCCAUUCCUGCAACUUAUGUUAAAGUUUAUCUGCUGGAGAAUGGGACCUGCCUGGCCAAGAAGAAGACCAAGAUGGCCAAGAAGACCUGGGACCCGUUCUACCAGCAGGCGCUGCUCUUUGAUGAGGGCCCACAGGGCAGAGUUUUGCAGGUGAUUGUCUGGGGAGAUUAUGGCCGCAUGGACCACAAGUGCUUCAUGGGAAUGGCGCAGAUUGUCUUGGAAGAACUGGAUCUCUCCAACAUGGUCACAGGCUGGUACAAACUCUUCCCCACUUCCUCGCUGGCGGACUCCACCAUCGGCCCUCUGACCCGUCGCCUCUCCCAGUCCUCUCUAGAGAGUUCUACAAGUCCUUCUUGCCCCUAAGGGGCAGGGCUCAGGGCACGGGUGGGAAGGAAACAAGCUGGCCUACCAAAACCUUUGGUGGAACGGCUGUAAAUAUUCUGUGUCUGGUUUGGUUUCAUUUUUUUCCCCUCCCUCCCUGAAACGAGCUGUUCUCAACAUAUUCCUCGCCAGCUACAACGUUCCACCGCGUAGGCAGGGGACUUUAAACGAGAGGGGUGGGAAGGAGAAACAAGAACAAACUUGUGACGCAGAACAAGUGAUGUGACUGACUGACAACCGAUCCCAAGACUGUUACCGCAUCUCAUUGAGUCAUAUUCGGAAAGGAGUCAAACAAUGGACCAUAUUUCUCAUCUGAACAGCUGGCGGGAGCGUCUUGGAUCCGAUUCAAUCCCACUGCAAGUAGCAUGUUAACUCAAUUUUGUUUUGCCUCCCUUUUGUUUUCCUGAUCAUUGAGGGAAAAAAUAGCUUUUUUUAAAAAAGAAAAGAAAAAUGAAUAUAUUCAGCACUACUACUUUUUUUAACGGAAUGUAGCAUCUUAUAAUAUUAUGUAGCCUGCCAUGUGCUAAUUUAAAACACAUUCUCUCUCUGCAAUAUCUAGGAGGGACACUCUGCCUACCGACAGGAACCAUCCGCCAGUCACUUGCUGUUUUGGUAGAUUCCUGACACAAAUCUUGCAAGGUCGAGCAAGCAAUCUGUUGAUCACUUUUUUCUUUGGUAGCAUGUAGCCUGUGACAAGUGACUCUGCCAAAGCAGUAGGGGAAGAAAAAGGUGCAUUUGACCUGACUGUUAUUUAAGUGUAUUAUGGUUCUGUCUUGAUGUUCCACACUUUCAAAUUAUUUUGAAGGACCACACCCACCAUGCCUCAUACAACAGUUCCUACUAGGAGGAGGUGAUGCAAAGGGAAGCUUGCAAUGAUGGUUGAAUUGAACUUCUAGUCAGUCUCAUCUUUGCUCAUUCACCCCUAGGCGAGGUCCAACUUGUAGCUGAAAGGUUUCCACACUCAAUUACUGCAUUUCAGGGAGCAAACAGAGGGUUUGUCAGAACAUAUACAGCCCAUAACCAGAAAGAAGGGCUGAAUGCACCUUUUUCCAACCCUCGAUUCAUUGGUAUGCUGCAGGGAAACAUCUCAGUUGUAUUCACUAUGGAUCUGGCGUAAGGGUGACAGAUAGGUUACAAAACAAACUAGAUGUUUUGAAUUUAUUACAGUGAUGACUGUUUGUUUUAUUGUUGUUGUUUUUUUAAAGCAGUAUUCUGGUUCCCAAAGAGGACCAGUUCUUGUAGCAAAACUGAGAAUUAUGGAAGCUUUUUAUGAAGGUGCCUAAUGAA